AUAUAUAUUUCUUACAUAAUGGUUUCUUUGUUUUUAACUUAUUUAAGCGACACACGACAGGCUACACAAUAUUGUCUGCAUUUGACUCAAACGACGACGGUAACGAGAUGUUGUUCAGAGCGUCCAGAGAACCCACUUCAAGUGUUAACCCCCUUAAGAGUGAGCAGGGUAUAGUGAUGCUCACUUUGGAAUGGAAUUGACUCAUUAUGAAAGCUCCACGUUGAGCCUGCUGCUGUGCGCACGCGAGAGAAUGAACUGGUUGGAUAGGAUGAAGACGCGCAGCCCGCGUGGGAACGGCACGGGUUAGUUUGCAGCGGUGAGCUCCGCUCGCGCGUCAGCAAGACUUCUUACUAUUGUCGUCACAUUCCUCUCACAGUCAGCAAGACUUCUUACAAUUGUCGUCACAUUCCUCUCACAGGACAACAUUUAUCCGCACGCGCGCAAAAUCCGAACGCCGAUUUCUCUUAUCUGCGCGCAGUAACGCCUCCUCGCUGUCAUGUAGGGGCUUCAUGUGAACGCAUUGCUGUUGACCGAUGGGACGCAAACAGAGGGUCACUCUCUGUGUGAGGAAGCAACGUGAAGAGGAUCCGCCGUGUUUACAAGGAACGAAUCGUUUUGGAGAAGAAACAGAACAAUUAGUGACAGUUCUCUCAGGAAAGUUGAGUUCCAGUCGCAGGGGAGCAGUUCGAAACGCUUCUCAUAUCUAAUAUAAUAUCAACCAGGGAACACUGACUGGACUGAGUGUUGCGCGUGACUUGGAUCGUGUCUGAGUAAACACCUGCCUCCGAAGACCUUAAGAACUCAAACCUGACAGAAGAUUAUUUACCGAGGAUUAAGCGUCCAUUUGAAUCACUAAAUAAUAAGGAUAUAUCCUCCUGUGUUAUUAAUAACUCACCUGGGACUGGGUGAAAAUGAGACAGAAUUCACCCGUUUAUUUGCAGUUGUGAGCGCUGCCCUGACCAUCCUUUGGGUGCAUAUCUGUUGUUUUUCAAACAGAGGUCUGUCACCCCGGAGCGGAGCAUCCGGACAGCUGCAUCUGGAGCAAAGAGCGCUGUGCUUGUUUGAAGGUUUCUGCAGAAAAAAACACUGGAGCAAUGAAACGCAUUCUCCAUCCACAGGUGUUGACCAUCUGGAUUACGCUAAUCUCCAGGGCAACCGCUGACCUGACCUGUGACGCUCUGCUCCUGCUCUCCACAAAUCUUACAGCUCGCACUUUGAUCCUGUGGAAUCAGACGUCUAGUCCCACCAAUUCUACAGGUUUGUUCUGUAACACUUCGAUUGAUGGCAUUGGGACAUGCUGGCCCAGGAGCAGUGCUGGAGAAGUGGUGUCCCGUCCCUGUCCAGAGACCUUCCUCGGAGUCCGUUACAACACCACCAAUAACGUGUACAGAGAAUGUCUUGCCAAUGGCACCUGGGCGAAGAAGGGAAACUACUCCCAAUGUCAGGAAAUCCUCAACGAGGAGAAGAAGAGCAAGCUGCAUUACCACAUUGCAGUCAUCAUAAACUACCUGGGACACUGUAUCUCUCUGGGAGCCCUGUUGGUCGCCUUCAUCCUCUUCAUGAGACUCAGGAGUAUCCGGUGUCUGAGAAAUAUCAUCCACUGGAACCUGAUUACAGCAUUUAUCCUGCGAAAUGCCACCUGGUUCGUGGUGCAGCUCACUAUGAACCCAGAGGUGCAUGAAAGCAAUGUGAUCUGGUGCAGGCUGGUCACAGCAGCGUAUAAUUAUUUCCAUGUGACCAACUUCUUCUGGAUGUUUGGAGAGGGCUGCUAUCUGCACACAGCCAUAGUACUGACAUACUCCACCGACAAACUGAGGAAAUGGAUGUUCAUUUGUAUAGGCUGGUGUAUUCCAUUCCCCAUUAUCGUCGCUUGGGCCAUUGGCAAGCUGUACUAUGACAAUGAAAAGUGCUGGUUUGGGAAGCGGGCCGGCAUUUACACUGAUUAUAUUUAUCAGGGGCCCAUGAUCCUGGUCCUGCUGAUUAACUUCAUUUUUCUCUUCAACAUUGUGAGGAUCCUGAUGACUAAACUGAGGGCCUCCACCACCUCAGAGACCAUUCAGUACAGGAAAGCAGUAAAGGCCACACUGGUUCUUCUGCCGCUGCUGGGCAUCACAUACAUGCUGUUCUUCGUCAACCCAGGCGAGGAUGAGAUCUCACAGAUUGUCUUCAUCUACUUCAACUCUUUCCUAGAGUCCUUUCAGGGCUUUUUUGUGUCAGUGUUCUACUGCUUUUUGAACAGUGAGGUACGCUCAGCCGUUCGAAAGCGGUGGCACCGCUGGCAGGACAAGCACUCUAUUCGAGCACGGGUGGCACGGGCCAUGUCUAUACCCACCUCUCCAACACGGGUCAGUUUCCACAGCAUCAAGCAGUCGUCGGCCGUCUGACCAUAACAGAAGUGAAGCACCUGUCCCCGUUUCUUCUGCUCCCGCUCUUUCUGUCCUCAGCCAACCAUCCACAUCCUCUGCAAAACCCAGGGAUAACAGCUAUGGGCCAAACAGGGUAUGAUCCUCAGCUGAAACAUAGAUGAAGGGUGGAAAUUGACUGAGUUAAUGAGGUCCACCUGCCAAACACAGAGGGAGAAAAACUGUUUCAGAAACAGAUUAGAGCACUGGUGGUCUCAGACAGCAAUGGGAGACCGUGGGAGGAACUUGACACAUACACAAAAAAGACUGAUAAAUACUGGCAGAGUGUAUUUAUUCAAUAGACAGAGUUUAAUGUCGCAUCCUGUUCUCAAUUCUUCUCUCAUUGAAGAACUCAGAUUAUUCCUAACUAUCAGAGUAAGAUACUAUAUGAUAUACACUACAGUACAUGGCCAAAAGUAUUACGAUUGUAAGCCAUACAUGUGUCUGAAUGGGAUCAAAUCCAUAUUCCAACAUCUACUGGAAAUCUUCCCAGAAGAUUGGAAGCUGUUAGGGAGGAUAAACUCUAUUUAUGCCAAAUAGUUUGGGAAAUAAUUGCUUCUGGCCAUAUAUUAAUUAAUUGCUUUUGGCCAUAUAGUGCAAUAGUUUUAGGAUUUUUAAAACAAAAUGAUGUAAUCAUAAAAAACCCCACCAGUUUUCCAAUUGGAAAACAAACAGUAUCUUUGACAGAUCUCAAUGCGAACUUUCAUUAUUGUGAUUGAAUCUUCUGGCUGGAUAAAUUGGGGACAAAUGUGUGGCAUUUUCUCAGAGAUGUUCAGAUGUUGUCGCAGCUAGUAAUAGUUUCUGUGAUCAAACUCAUUCAACAUGGACAGUUUUCGCUGUGAUAUGAGUACAUCUGUUGCCGUGUAUGUCAUGUAGUGUGAAAAUUGUAAACAGUUUUUACAAAGAUGAAAGGUGUGUAUUAAUGCUCUCUAAGCCUGUUUGCAUCCUGGGACUCAAGGAUAUUUCUAAACCCUGGGGAAAAGGAGGAAGGAAGCUCACAGGAAAGACUCUCAUGAAAGACUCUCAUGACUGCUAAGGUAGAAGACGGUAUGCUCCAAUGCUAAACACAUAACAAAAUCUUUUAAAUAAGGGGUUUAUCACAGAACAAAGAAAGGAUUUUGAUUUUAUCCUGCAUUUGGAGCCUCAGCCAAGCAGGUGAUUGAAUGUAUUUCAAUUAACCACUCCAGCUCUCCAUUUCAUAUAAACUCCCAGUUAUCAAGCAAUUUUAAGAGAUGAUCAUAGUACAAAAUACUUGAGACGUUGGACUCUGGAGACUCUUUCAAAAAGACGUUGGUUUUGUUGCCCAAGAGCCUUAUGGAUAGUUCACCCAAAAAUGACAAUUCUGUCCUCAAUUACUCAACCUCAUGUUUAUCUAAAAUUUUAGCUAUAUCUAAUAUUGAAGAAAGAAAUGGGUUCAGAACAUCCUGAGGGUGAGUAAAUGAUGACAGUUUUCAUUUUGGCUGAACCAUCCUAUUUUAAAAUGUCAGUUAUUUAUAUGAAACAAGGUGCAUUUCAAUAUUUACAUUGCUACUGGUGUGGGCAGAAAUUUAUGGACAGCGGGGAAGUCACCAUGUCAUUUGUGGACCUUUUUUUUCUAGUUUCUCUGGACAGCUGUUCUGUGCAGAAGUAAAUUAGAAAAAAAUUGAUGAAUAGUGCGCUUUGUUGUUUUCUAGGACCAGCUUCUUCAAUUCAAAUCCCAAUAGAAUCAGUCCAGAAGAAUCAUCUCAGCCAAAUCUGCUCCUAUAUCAUUAGAGUCAAGAGAGAUCUGCAUGUAUCACGUAGAGUCAUUUAACAUCUAUCCAUAUGUUAUAUCCCUCGCCAAGCUGAGCCGCCAAUGACCGAGUCCUGUGACCGCUCACUGCUGACUCAGCACAGUGAAGCAGAUUUAGCUUUUGUGCUCAUACAUCCAAUCAAUCACAUCUGAUAGGGAGAGCAACGUUGUUUAAAAGAGAAAAAAAAACUGACUCAGGACCUUCAUCUAUGCCUCUGUGCUCUUCUGACCUUCCUGAAGUACUUGUGUGAGAAUCAUUUGUAAAGGCUUCAGCAGAUUCCACAUUCAGUCAUGCUUGUUGUGUACGUGUCCAGUAGCAUCAUAUAUAUGAGUUAGAUAUCUAGUUGUGUAUAUAUAGGAUGACUAGCAUUGUGAAGUUUGCUAAUUACCAUAUAGCAGUGUGUGUACCUGACAAACUGAGGACCAAGCUGGUGUCACUGCUGCUAGUAAACUGAAACACAAGGUUAAUUUCAUUGUCACUACCAAGUUUAGGACUAAGGCUAUGAAGGUUUAUUUUUUUAUUUUUUUUAGGCUGUGCACAGUCAUUUAAAAAUAUCCGGAUGUCAGCAACUGAGAGGACAGAAGUUAGUAGGUUUUUACAUAUUGUAGCACUCCAAAUCAUGAUUAAAAUAUCUCAAAUCUGAGAUUUAAAUGAUUUCAAACCACAUAUGGAUGCUGUCUUGAUCUGUGGUUACUUAUUAUAUAAAGCUUAUAAAAUGGCCUGUUAAAGUUGAUCUCAAAUUGCAACAGCAAAGGAAGAUCAACUUACCAAAAUGAAACAAAUCAUCCCAUCAAUUUACUGGCAAGAAAUUUUCAAACAAGUCUUUCUCACAGCACUAUAUACCAGUGGACAAAAACAUAUCAGGAGAUAAUGUACAGUCCGCCGGUCAUUAAGGGGUUUAUGUUGAGAUAAUGACCAUCUGUCUGUACAUUAUUCCACUUAUUAGACCGCUGCUUGUCAUUUAAAUGCAUAAAUGGGUAUGAAAUAUUGAUUUUAUGUGAAAUGAUUUGAUUAUGUCAGAAGAAAGAGUCUGCAGAGGUUUUCAGGGACAGUGGUUAAGCGUGCAGUUUAGUGGUCAGUCUGACUGCGAUUGACCAAUCAGAUUCAUGUAUCCCAGAAAACAGCCUAAUGAAAAUAGAGAAACUAAGAAUAGCUGGAUGCUGAAGAGCAAAACUCCUCAGACAGUGAUGGAUGUGAUGUGGACAGAAAUGAGAGAAGCUUAGGUUACUAUUUAUGUCGAACAGAUCUGUUCGCUGGUGCGUGAGGAAUCGUGAGGUAUCUGAUUUAGCUUCAUGGGCCUGAAGACUUUCACAGCACUGCUCAGACACACUCCAUUAGUCUUUGCCUCACUAUUUAUAGCACUUUAAGAUUAAGCUCAAAUGUUCACUUCGUAUAUGAAUCUGUGGGGCUACUAGCAAAAAGACCAUCUAGAGACAAAGGUACAGUCUAUACAGCAUUAAAUAAUAUUACAUUAUUUUCUCCUCCUGAAGAGCUAAAUUAGUGACAUAUCUAAGUGAAUUAAGUGUUAGUUAGAAACAUAUUCUAGUGCUUACCUAAACCAUUCAUACUGUAUACCACAUAAAACAUAAUCACAUAUAUUAUUUACAAAUCAUUAAUCAAUCUGUUCUUGAAAGUAGUGCCACGAUUUUACUAAAAUCAUUGGCACUAGAUGCAAAUUCAAGCUUCCCUACUGGCAUCUAUCCAUGAGCAACCUUUAACUUGCACGCAAACUUGCAAUUUCACAAAAGAGAAUGGAAGUGUUCACUACAUUAUUCAAAUGUUCAUCACUUUAAGAAAAAAAGGGUUCUUUUAAGAAUUGUUCACUUAAAAGAUUCCCUUGGGAUUCCAAAGUAGUUCUUUAUGGCCUACUGGUUCAAAACGGCCCUUUAUGUUUAGGAAUGCAAUAUGUCAGGCUGUUCUUUAAAGGUGAAGUGUGUACUUUAAAUGUGUCCCAUAUUUAUAUGCAGGCAACUGUAUAUAAGCCAUUAACAGUUUGACUUUGAAAAAAAUAAAAAAUUCUAACAUUAUGGCUCUAUGAACAUUGUUCUGUUUGCUUGAGCAGAUUUGAUUCAAGCAAUGAAUUUCAGGUUGAUUUUUUUUUCUCGGCAAGUGAUAAAACCCUGUAGACUUAAAUUAAAGGAGGUACCCGACCUACAUUUCUUUCGACUUGGGCCAGUAAGCAACAACCUAGCAACCACCCAGGACUCCCUAGCAACCACAUAACAUUGUGUUCAUCCAAGGAAUAGUUCAUCCAAAAAAAAAAAGUUUGUU